GAGUGAGACCUUAUUUCAAAAAGAAAAAAUACAAAGGACAGAAGCUUACAUUUCAGCAAUGUUGAUCACAUGUGGGUAGUCUGCCCACCUGGCCUCAGAUAUUUGUGUUGAUAAAAGUGUUAAGGGGAAAAAGAUCCCAUUCUCUUAAGGACAGAUGAGGUUUCUUUUUUUUUUUUUUUAAGGAUUUGUGUAUCUGUGGAAGAUGAGGUUUCUUUUACAUACUUCAAGACAUAUAUUUAUUUGUUGAUUGUCCUACAUUUCCCCCAUUAGAAUAUAAACCCCAUCCUGUUCAAUGUUGUAUCUUUAAUAUUUAUAGCAGCACCUGAUAAAUAUAGUUAGGACUUAGUAAAUAUUUGUGGAGUAAAUGAAUGAAUGAUCUUUUGUCAUACAUUAAUGCAUGUAUGUGCCUUUUUAUUUAUUCAAAAAGAACCCUGCCAUUGCAAAUAUGCCUGCAGGAUAAAUUCCUAGAAGUGGAACCAAGAGGAAUGUACAUUUAACAUUUUUAUAGGUACUGCUAGAUUGCCCUCCAGGAAGGGUACGUCAGUUCAUGAGCCGCCAGCGGUCUGUGAGCAUGCGUGUGAGUGUGCUCAUUGUCCUGGGCCCUGGCCAGCGCUAGGUAUUACUUAGUGUGUCCUAGGUUCUCUGCUAACCUGAGGGUGGCACUUGGUCUCUGGGGCAGGACGGAGGUGCUAGCAGGCCUAAGGGUACAGUGCAUGGGGCAGCAGGUCAGGGCCCAGUGCGCCCCAAAAGGAGGGAGAGCAGUAGGGGGCAGCAUCUGGGAGGCUACCCAGAGCAGACAGCCUGGGGUGAGGCUUUGAGACUGAGAACCGCCUAGAGGAGGUGUCUGGGGCCAGGCUGGAGCCUUCUGGUGGAGUCUCUGAAGCUCUUCCACAGGCCCAGGACGUGCAGGGAGCUGGGCACCAAGAAGGCGCGCCUGGCGGCGAGGGCAAGAGGCCCGUAAGCCACAGACAUUCAUUCCUGUCUGGUUGGUCUCCAGUCUCAGUGGGAUCGGAGCUCCGCUGAAGAACGGGGCCCGUUUGGGAGCCGUGGAAGAAUGGACAGGGAGAAUAAAAAUGCCAAGAGAGGUAGAAGCCGGCAUUAGUUAGUCCAUAUUCUGUGCUAGGGUUUGGACUAAGAACAGUGUGACACAUGAGGGGAGGGCACUCUCAGGAGCCCCACUUUCUAGAGGGCCACGUGGAGGCUUAGACAAGGUUGGCGACCUGGCUCAGACCGAGCAGCGAGUACACGUGUGAGCUGGGCUGGCACUCAGGCUGUCUGGGGCCAAACGGCGGAGCACUUGGGGAGAGGCCAGGGAAGAGCCCUGGUCUCCGGGCUUUGGCAAAAGGGUUUCUGGAACAUGGGCAGGGGCCAGGAUCCUGCCUCGAGGGCCGUUGGCUCAGUGUCUCCAAACGACCUGUUGACAGGCCGGAGCAGACUGGGCAGCCCAACCCAGCAGACGGUGUGAAGAGCUUGGCAGGAGCCCUGGGUCAUGUCUGUGUCGCAUCUCUUUCACCCGGGGCAGCAGUCAGUGGGACAGCGGGGGUCGGGUAGUACAGCUUCUGCAUUGGAGCGGGAGCCGAGCCGAGCCACCCACUCUUGUCCCUAAGCUCCAGAAGUAGCUUCCUACGCCUCCCAGAGACAGAUGCUUUGGCUCAGGUGGCCUUCCUCCAGGGAGAGAGGAAAGGGCAAGAGAACCUAAAGACAGACCUGGUGCGGCGGAUCAAGAUGUUAGAGUAUGCGCUGAAGCAGGAAAGGGCCAAAUAUCAUAAACUGAAGUUUGGGACAGACCUGAACCAGGGGGAGAAGAAACCAGACGUGUCAGAACAAGUCUCCAAUGGCCCCGCGGAGUCGGUCACGCUGGAGAACAGCCCGCUGGUGUGGAAGGAGGGGCGGCAGCUUCUCCGACAGUACCUGGAGGAGGUAGGCUACACAGACACCAUCCUCGACAUGCGUUCCAAGCGCGUCCGUUCCCUGUUGGGUCGCUCGCUGGAGCUCAACGGGGCUGCAGAGCCUAGCGAAGGGGGCCCCAGGGCCACGCCGGCCCCUGGCGGGCUCAGUGGCGGUGAGUCGCUGCUGGUGAAGCAGAUCGAGGAGCAGAUAAAGAGGAACGCAGCGGGCAAAGACGGCAAGGAGCGCCUGGGUGGCUCGGUGCUGGAGCAGAUCCCCUUCCUGCAGAACUGCGAGGACGAAGACAGCGACGAGGACGACGAGCUGGACAGCGUGCAGCACAAGAAGCAGCGCGUGAAGCUCCCCUCCAAGGCCCUGGUGCCUGAAAUGGAAGAUGAGGAUGAGGAAGAUGACUCCGAGGACGCCAUCAACGAGUUUGAUUUCCUGGGCUCAGGAGAGGACGGGGAGGGGUCUCCAGACCCUCGGCGCUGCACCGCAGAUGGGAGCCCCCACGAGCUGGAAAGCCGGCGGGUCAAGCUCCAGGGCAUCCUGGCUGACCUUCGGGAUGUGGACGGGCUGCCCCCCAAAGUGACCGGCCCACCUCCUGGCACUCCCCAGCCCCGGCCACACGAAGGUUCCUUUGGCUUCUCCUCAGACGUUUUCAUCAUGGACACUAUCGGGGGCGGGGAGGUGAGCCUGGGGGACUUGGCAGAUCUCACCGUCACCAACGACAACGACCUCAGCUGUGAUCUGUCUGACAGCAAAGAUGCCUUCAAGAAGACCUGGAACCCCAAGUUCACCCUGCGCUCACACUACGACGGCAUCCGCUCCCUGGCCUUCCACCGCAGCCAGGCGGCGCUGCUCACCGCCUCCGAGGACGGCACGCUCAAGCUCUGGAACCUGCAGAAGGCGGUCACGGCCAAGAAGAAUGCUGCGCUAGAUGUGGAACCUAUUCACGCCUUCCGGGCGCACAGGGGCCCUGUGCUGGCAGUCGCCAUGGGCAGCAACAGCGAGUACUGUUACAGUGGCGGGGCGGAUGCCUGCAUCCACAGCUGGAAGAUUCCAGACCUCAACAUGGACCCCUAUGAUGGCUACGACCCAAGCGUGCUGAGCCAUGUCCUGGAGGGCCACGGGGACGCGGUGUGGGGCCUGGCCUUCAGUCCCACCUCCCAGCGCCUGGCCUCCUGCUCCGCUGACGGCACCGUCCGCAUCUGGGACCCCAGCAGCAGCAGCCCGACCUGCCUCUGUACCUUCCCCACGACCAGUGAACACGGGAUCCCCACCUCAGUGGCCUUCACCAGCACCGAGCCUGCCCACAUCGUGGCCUCCUUCCGCUCUGGCGACACCGUCCUGUACGACCUGGAGGCUGGCAGUGCCCUUCUCACACUGGAGUCCCGCGGCAGCAGCGGCCCGACCCAGAUCAACCAAGUAGUGAGUCAUCCAAACCGGCCCCUCACCAUCACCGCCCACGACGACAGGGGCAUCCGCUUCCUGGACAAUCGGACAGGUAAAUCCGUGCACUCCAUGGUUGCCCACCUGGACGCGGUCACCUGCCUAGCCGUGGACCCCAACGGCGUAUUCCUGAUGUCAGGAAGCCACGACUGCUCCCUGCGCCUGUGGAGCCUGGACAACAAAACCUGCGUGCAGGAGAUCACAGCCCACCGCAAGAAGCACGAGGAGGCCAUCCACGCCGUCGCCUGCCACCCCAGCAAGGCGCUCAUCGCCAGCGCCGGCGCCGACGCCCUGGCCAAGGUCUUCGUAUGAUGCCCGCCUGGCCCCGCCGUGGCCGCACGCGGGCUGCCGAGCGGGGUGGGCGGGUGGGGCUGAGGUGACACUCACCUUCACUCCAGAGGCGCAGAGGCCUGGCCUCUUCGCGGCUGCUGUGGAGCCCGGUGGUGCUAGCGGCCCUUCCCCAGGAAUCCCCUCCCCCACGCUCUCUCCCCAGCAUCUGACUUGGGGAUGCGCCCCUUUCAGGAAUCACCCCUCAAGGACGGUCCCUGGGGGUUUCUCCCUGGGCCCUGACACCCGCUGCUGGUAUAGAGCUGCCUUCUGCAGGCAGCGCAGCCAGGGCUGGGUGUUUUUGAGGAUCAGUUUUUCCAAGAUGCCAGAAGGUGCCAGGUUCUCCCCUUGAGCUCCUGCCCCCUUCCUCUCCGUCUCCCAGACCUGGUGGGGGCCGCGCUGGGAGGGAUCCCGGACACAUGCCCCUCCUGGGUGGGCCGGAGCCGCAGAGUUGAGCCCUGGGCCCGGCCCCUCCCCGGCCCCCUCCACUGCUUUCCAGACACUAACCAAGGCCUCCGGGCCAGGAACUGCCCACCACUCCUCCCGGGGCGGCCCUCCCGCCCGCGGGGUCGCCCAUAGGGAGAGAUGGCCUUCUCAUGCCCCACCUCCGGGGCGUGGAGGGUGGAGUAGGGUGCCCUGGGCCCCCUUAACUCCCUGUAUAUCUGUAUAAAUAACAGGAUUUUAAUGGCCCCGCCCCCGCCCCCACCCUCGUUAUCACUGUGUGAUAGUCUUGGUCAGUCUCCAUCCUGGCCCUCCACUUUCUCCCUCUAUUUAUUUCACUCUCUUUGGUUCCACCCUGUGACCUCCUCGGUCCCCCUCCCAGGUUCCUGUUUAUAAGCCCCAUCCCCUCUGCCCCUAUCUUGUAUGUGAAAACUUGUCUCAAUAAACCCUUUGGAGUAAGA